GGAUUUCGCCCAUCGCACCGUGGCACCAUGGCCACAAGCAAGGCCCGCUCGAUCCUUCCCGCGGCGCGUGAGGUUCAGCUCGCAGCUCAAGAACUGCAGCUGACGGAGGCUGAGGCCACGCAAAGGUUCAGCAAAGGUUUGCCACCAGGAUGGACUGCUUGCUGCUCUGAAGCCGGGGAAGUCUAUUACCACCAGGCUGCUUGGGGCGUGUCCCUGUGGUCCCAUCCGGGCCAUCCAGCGCCAGGCCGGGAGAGAUUGCAAACGCUGGCGAUGAACAUGAUGAAACGAUUGAAGGUGAAGGAUGGAGAGAAAGCUGGUGAAUCUGGGUCAGAAAAGGGGCGCACCAUGCACUCCAUUUACGAUGCUCGGAGUCGGCAUGUUCCUUUGGAAACGCCUCAGUCCUUGUUCUCCGAUGCCCUUCCCAGUUCUGUACGUCGAGAGGAUCUCACGGGCCGAGCCUUUGCACUUCAUGGCAUUUUAGCACCUGCGGAGGCCGCCUCGUAUUGCCGCAGUGCCGCGGCCGUGGGCUUCGCCGCCAGCGACGUCCGGCGCGAGUUCCCGGAGGCGCUGCGGAACAACGCGCGGCUGGUGCACUUCAGCGAGGCCUUGGCGGCGGCAGUGUACAGUCGUUUGUUGCCGCAGUUGUGUCAUCGCGACAUCUUCCUGCUGCAACCCAUGGGCUUCGGUGCUGAGGGUCGCUGGAAGCCCAGUGGUGUCAAUCCCUGCUUUCGCAUCUCACGCUAUUUGCCGGGUGAGCACUUUGCGCAGCACUGCGAUGGGAUGUACACCAAUGACGAUGGCGAGUGCAGCAUUUAUUCCCUAGUGCUGUACUUAAACGACGAGUAUGAAGGUGGUGAACUGGAAUUCCCCAACAGUUCAUUCCAGUUCAAACUUUCGGCUGGCACCGCAGUGCUGUUUCCGCAUGACAUGCCGCAUGCGGCUUUGGAAGUACUGCAGGGAACAAAGUUUAUCGCCCGCAGCGAGCUCAUGUUCCGCUGCGUCGACCGGCAGCGGCCACCCAAGGAGCCCAAAAUCGCCCAGGACCCUUUGUUUCAGCGGAUGGCCGCACUCUACGAACACAUUGGAGAUUUGGUGGCGCUAGGCGAUGUGGAUGCAACUACCAAGGCGUACCAAGAGGCCUUGGGUAUUCAGAUCGCUCAUCACGGUACGGAGGUGGUCAAGGAAGUGAAGCAUCGCAGGUCCCUGCUUGAGGACAAGACCUGGGAAUCGAUUUUCAGCUUUCUGGAGCCCUUAGAGGUCAGUCGCGCGACGAUGUCUGUGUCCUCAAAGUGGCAUGAAAUUGCGAGCAGUGGGACUCUGUGGCAAAGGUGGUUCAAGCAACGCUGGCCUUUGGCCGACGAGAUCUUGGAAGGUGAAACGUAUCAGCUGGACUCGGAGCUGAAAGACUGGGUGGGCUUAUACAGACGGGAGCACCUCCUGUCAUCAGCCUCGACUGCUGUCAUUUUCCCUGCGGCCUGCUUGACUGCCUAUGAUGGACCCCACGGUUCCAUGCACGGGCCCAUGCCAGCGGUGUGUCGCCACAACGACACCGGGCUCGGCUGGGAUCGAUCCUUGAAGCAACGCCAGGGCUGGACCUUCGGGAAGAACGUCUUUCACGCAAGAAACUACAAGACUUGGGAGAAGGACGGCGAGGUGGACUUUGAGGUUCUUCCAGAGCUCUUCGCCUGGUCAUUCAGCCAGUUCAAGCUGCGGCCCAGCGAGCAGCAUCUGGUGGUGCCCAGCCUUCCGGGGCUGCUGACUCGAUCUGCGCAAGAACGCCUAGCCAAUAUUCUGCAUCGCCGUUUCCAAGUCCCACGCCUGUCCUUUGCCACCGCGCCGCUCUGUGCAUUGGCGGCGCACAAUCUGAAGACAGGCACUGUGAUUUGGGGAUGCGCCUUUGGCACUUGCUCGAUUUUCUGCUUUCACGAGGAGGAGGAGGUGGUUGCCGACUUCGGGCGCUGGGAUUUCCAGAAGGCGACAGCCGUCGAGGUGGCGCAGCAGUUGCAGACUGCACAGAAACUUCUGCAUCCGGCCAUUGCCAGCUCGGUGCUACAGCAUGUGGUCAUCUCCUGCCAGCCCUGCGUCCGUGUGGAAACGGAGAAGCAAAGAUAUGGCUCCCACGCGGAGGUUGACGACACUCUUCGAGAUUGGGCAAAUGCUGAGGCACUCGCGGAGCAGUUGAGCGUCUUGGGCCUCACCCCUGAGCUCCACGCGUCGGAGCCCAACGACGUGGUCACGGGCGCCCAGGCGCUGGCCGGGCGCCUGCCGCUGGCGGCCAGUCCCAGCGAGCCACAAAGCUGGGAAUGGCGCGCCUACGCGGAAGGUCAGUGGCAUCGCCUGUCGCCCUACAUCUCUGCGGUCUUCGAAGGCGCGCUGCGCAACGACAAGGAGGUCUCGGCCGUGCAGCUGUCGGGACGCCUGGGACUGUACCUGGUGGCCAACUUGGAGGCCUUUACCAUCACAGUGGCAGAACCGAGGAACUUUCGUGGUUGGGGCAUCAACAGCUUUGAUGACAUGGAAGUUUUAGGCGCCUGGUGUCCCUUAACACGUUUCCUGCGCGGUCGGCCCAGCACGGUGCCGGAUCGGCGCAAGCCCGAGGACCUGGCUUGCUCCGAAGAGCUGCCGGAGGUGCAGGAGGUUCAAGGCGUUCCCGCCUGGCACGUGCGCACGCUGGCGGGGAAGCUGGUCUUCUCUCGGCGCAAAGAUGGGCCACGGAUGCAUCUCCAGGAUCUGUUGGCGGAUUGUGCCAAGCAACUGCAGACUUCACAAAGACGCUUGCAACUCCUGAAUGGAACCUCCAGGACCCAUUGUGAUGAUGAGCUGCAAGAGGCUCUUGCCGUGGAGGACUCAGUGGAGCUGUUGAUCCUGGUGGGUCCUGAGCCUCCUGCCGAGCGCCCCAGCGAGCCGAUCAACGAGCAGAUCCCAGAGGAUCUUCCGGGAGAGAUGGCCGGUCGCUGCGACUUGCAAAGGGCCCUCCUGACUGCCCUGCACCAGCAGCGUCACUGACGGCGGCGAUGAUGGGAUAUGGAACCCACGUGGAUUGCUUGGGUCAGGGAGCUGAGUGUUGAAUCAUGUUGAAUCCUAAAUGCGCAUUGAGAACAGGAAUGAUUUUCGCUGAUUUCUGAGUUGCUUGAUGUUGCUUGGCUGCUUCCAACCUAGGGCGAAUCUUUAUCUCAAGAUAUCUCAAGUGCUUCUGCGGAAGCUCCCAAAACUCGUCGCGCUCCGCCGGCUUGUACAGUCAUGCCACACUGGCUGCGCUCGACAGAAAGAAA